GUGCGCGAUUUCUUAAUAUUUCUCAUUUAAUCACUGAUCAAAUUUUCAUAAUCAAUACGAUUGAAGCACAAUUUCAUUAAAGCUUGGUCCGCCAAGGUGCUCAUCCCUUAUUCAUUCAUCGUUGUGUAAGGUUCCGGUGUGGUUUAAUACAUAGAUAAAGUAAAUCAGGCAGAAUAUGAAAUUUGGGGGUCGCCAAAAGGUUUUUUCUGCCUUAUCACUGUACGCGACAAUGGUGACAAAAGCAACCACGAAACAAGCCGUCCGUCGUGAAAUCAGCGAACGGCUCAAGCGCCUCACUUCUGAAGAAAAGCAAACUCAGUCAAAAAUAGUCUUCGAAAAGUUAUUAAAUUUACCUUCGUUCCAAAAGAGCAAACGUGUGUCAACAUACUUAAGCAUUGACAAUGAAAUCGAUACGGAGCCAAUCGUACGAAAAAUAUUCGAAACGGGGAAAGAAUGUUUUGUUCCGAGAUACAGCAAAGCUGGGAUGGAAAUGGUCAAAAUACACUCGUACCAGGACUGGGAGACCCUGCCGGUGACCAGCUGGGGCAUAAAACAGCCGGGUUUGAAGGAGCAAAGAGAGGAUGCUUUAAAGACAGGCGGUUUGGAUUUUGUUGUUGUUCCGGGGGUCGGCUUUACCGCCAAAGGACACAGGCUAGGGCAUGGGGGCGGUUAUUACGACAGAUAUAUGGCAGACUUGAGGAAAAAUCAGGAUGUUCCGCCGGCUCUUGUAGGUUUGGCGUUCAAGGAACAAAUCUGUGACGAUCUACCGGUCACAGAGCUGGACGUACAGAUCGACCUGGUCCUGUUUCCCGAAUAAAACACGUCUUCUGUUGUAUAUUUUUAUAUACAUGUACAUUUAAUAUAAAAUAUAAUUCCCUGUACCAAGCCAACACUAUGAUACAAAUAUAUAAAUACAAUUAAUAAAAUCAA